CUCCGCUCCGCUCCGCUCAGCCCGUGUGGUCGGCGAGUAUAAAGAGGCGCAGAGGGGGGCGAGGGGGCCUGCUGAAGUACACAGAGCUCGAUAUGGUGCAACUCUCCAAAGCAGGAAUGAAAGAUACUCUAACCCUGAAGGCUGGCCAUCCUCCUGCAGUGAAGGCAGGAGGAAAACGAGUGGUUAAGAAAAGUAAUGAGGACAAUGGAACCCCGGAGAAAGAAGGCAAGAGACCAGAGAAGCCAAGCAGGUCCUUGACUAUCUCUUCUCGGAUGCAACAGAUUGGUAUUCUGAUGGGACUGGAGAAGUUGGGCCAUGAUUUCCCUGAGACUCCAGUUUCAGUGCGGCACAGCAGGGUCCGGCCCAGUAUGGAGAAACCGCACAUUCAGCGCACCUUCUUCAUUCAGCAGCCCCGCAAGUGUUGAGCCAAAAUGGCUGCUGUUGAGGAUGUGGGUAGCUGUGUGAAGGAAGUGAGUUUGGGGUGAAUGGUGCACAGCAAGGACCUGACACAAAGUCCCCUUUAAAAAAAAAAAAAUAUAUAUAUAUAUUUAACUUGUCAUUACAUGGCGUCUGUCUAAGUUUGUAGAUAUGUCUGCUUAACCUUGCAGUUGUGCAAUGGAAUGCUUAUGCUUUAUGCCCAUCCUUGUACUUGGACAUCUGUCUGCUUCUUUUUGGUACAUGUAGGAGUCAUUUUGUAGCCCAAUGUGGAGCAAUGUUUCUUAUGACUGUACUAAUGUUCAGCUUCAAUGCCUGUGAGCUAGUUUACACUGCUUAAAUAAAUAUGCAUGACGUUUCAGAAAAAAAA